CAGAAAGAAUGUUAGGUGAGCAAACCCUCAAGACACUAAGCAGGUUUGUAGAAUACCAAUUGCUCAUUUGCUUCUCGCAAAACGUGAUUUGAUUUUUACAGUUUGAGUAACCUGCAGCACAUUCUGAUAACUGAUCUUAAAGUAUCACUAAAAGCCUUGGCUACCUUCUCUAAUCCCCUAUCAAUGCAAUGAGGAUUCUAGGUGUCUCUGACUGUCACUUCUACAUCCCACACAACAUGCUGUAAGGAUGCAAGUACAUCGGUAGCGGUUCACUCACAUUUUCAGAGUUAAGCCUGGAUCUCAUGCUGAGACAAUCAAUGAUAUGAAGACAUCUUCCAUGUAUGUACGAAUGUUCAAGUUGGUUCACCACGUACGUUCAAUGAAAGCGCUCCCUAGACAAGGAUUAUCCCCUCUGUUUGGAGUAGUUUCAGGUGUGCAAGUCCCUGCGGCCCGCGCUAAGUGCACUCGCAGGGUACCGAAAGACAGAACGGAGAGACAGCCAGGAUAUCCUAGCUUCAGGUGCAAGGUCGGUGCGGACGAUUGAAAGCCAAGGCAAGCUUGUCAGCUUUGAGAGUCGGGGUAUCCUGGCUCCCUUGCUCGCAGCAGCCCUUUGUCGACGCAGAUUAGUGGACUAAAUAGGAAGGUCGAUAAUCCAUCGACCCGUAAGAUUUCGAAGAUCUUCUUCUCUUGCAGGGUUGCGCCAUUAGUUCGCGAUCGAGGCUUCCACGUCGCCCUAGCAGGGGAGCUGAUGCGUCCGGGAUUCGGUGUGCUCCUUUGCUUUUUCUAUUGGAAACGGUCCCCAAACAGAUCGCAUAGAUCCAUUUUCAUCAUCUUUCUGAUUUUAUGCUGUGGUCCAGAAGGAAGGCAUUAUUGCAUGAGCAGUUCAAGGAGUGUUCAGAACCCAAAGUGUCGCUGGCAUGUAGAGCCCAAAGACCGUCUUGACGCGAGGCGGGCGGCCCGUAC